AUGCGGUUGGCAGUGUUUUCGGGAGGCACCGCCACCAAUGAGCUUGUGGGGCUCUUUGGCGAGAUUUUUCCGCAGAUCACCUAUAUCAUCCCUAUCUCCGAUAACGGCGGGUCCACCAGCGAACUCAUCCGCGUCAUUGGCGGGCCGGCAAUUGGCGAUAUACGGUCACGGCUCACGAGACUUAUCCCGCCCCACCAAGACCGACUCCGCAAUCUCUUGAGUUUCCGACUAUCAAAAGACCCCAAGGAUGCCAAGGACCAGUGGGCAGAUAUUGUCGAUGGCACCCACCCGAUCUGGCAGGGUAUUCUUCCGUCGACUAAGGAGUUGAUCCGGUCGUUUUUCAUCCACGUAAACGUCGAGCUUUUGAAGCGACUGCGCCCGCCCUCCGCCGCCAAUGCCACUAAGCUGUACCGGUUUGAGUUGGCCAAUCUCGGUAACCUUUUCUUGACCGGGGUACGUCUAUUUGUGGGCUCGUUGGACUCGGCAAUUGAGCUCUUUAGCCGCAUCACUGGUAUCGAUCCUAACGUCGAAGUGUUUCCCUGCAUUAACACCAACUUCUCCUACCACAUUCUGGCAUUAUUAGAGAAUGGCAACAUCAUCACCGGGCAGCUGCAAAUCUCGCAUCCGUCGCUCACUACUGCUCCUGACGUGUACCCUCCGCCAUUCUCUAACACCCAACCACCCCUGCCGCAAAUUAUGGCCCUGACGCCUGACAUACUGUCACCACCAGUGCUAGAGUUUGGCAUUGAGUCAGAUUCAUUAAUCAUGACACCGUCCACUCCUGCUCCGCAGAUCAACGUGGUGUCACCAGCAAGACGCUUGUCAGAAGGCUCAGUUCUAUCAUCAGAUGAUGAAGCGGGUAAUCUCCCUCAGUAUAUCCAUCCUGAGCUCAAAAAGUCUCAGCUUCACUUUUCUAAAUGUGAAGAUACACCAUUAUUGUCGCCGAUCAAGCGGAUAUUCUACAUUCUGCCUUAUGGUCAAGAAAUCUGUCCUAUUGGUUACGCUCGCGCUACAGCACUGGUGACUAAUUGUGAUGUAUUGGUGUACUCGAUUGGCUCGCUCAUGACCCUGAUUGUGCCCAUCAUUAUUCUCCGAAACAUGGGUAAGGCCAUCGUCACCGGUCCCGCUCGUAAGAUCCUUUUACUCAAUGGAUGUACCGAUCGAGAAACUGCCGGCAUGGCAGGCGAAGACUUUGUACGCGCCAUUGUCGACGCUGCCCGCUAUCUGAUUGACAAUCUGAAGCUGGCCGUACACCUUACGGGACAAUGGGACCAGUUCGUCACCGACAUCGUCUACUUAGAGCAUGGGAUUCCCGUCAACACCGAGUUGCUUGAGCACAUGGGAGUGAAGUGCCACCAAGUGGAAGGGCGUGAUGUCUACAACGAGGAGGCGUUGAAGCGGGUUCUUAUACGUCUCACAUCGCCUAAUUAG